CAAAAACAAAGCCUGAAACGUCGACUCAAGAGAAAGAGUGUAUCUACCAGAUACCCUGUGAAUGCGGAGAGUCAUAUAUUGGCGAAACCAAACGACCGCUAAAAAUAAGAGUUGGAGAACAUAAGAAACAUACAAUGAAGGGUGAAACGCAAAAAUCAGGUAUCGCAGAACAUGUGUGGACCAAACAACACAACAUCCAAUGGUCCAGAGCGCGGGUUGUUUACAGAGAAACAAUGAAAACAUCUUCAACAAUACAAGCGUGAUAUAUCAACAAUUUGGCAAUCUUUAAUAAGGCGCGCACCAAUGCUGGCGUUCUAGUUGAACAACUUCACGCUUGUGUACACCCGACUCCGUCGCCUAGUAUAUAAACCUUGUAGCCGUAGAAUUAAGUUUAGUUUACACUUGAUAACGGGUAGUGAUACAAUUGUCCGAAACGUUGUGUACGUUAAAAAUAAAGACAAUGGAAGUUCGACAUCCUUUUUGUAUUUCUGGGAAAUACAUAUUCUUAUGAAAUUAAAAUAAAAAAAUCACAUUUUUUUUUUAAAUAAAAAUCAAAGUUUGCCCAACCCUGUCUACCCUGCCUAACCAAAGUCUACAGAAUUAAGAUAUAAUUUGCCGCACUUCGCAACGCCGAUAGAUCGUUGGAGAGGGGUGGGGGGGCACCUUCCCGCCUAACUCGCAGUAGGUUGCCAGUAGGCGAAACAAGUGAGCGCGAUGUCUGUGACGUAUUGCGUAGUGGAAGGUUGUGGCAGUAAAUUAAAUGAGGGACUGUCUUUCUUUCGUUGCCCGCUAGACGAGGCCAGGUGUCGUGUUUGGAAAAAUAUACUUGGAUUUACGGGCAGUCAUAGAUACGCUAACAUAACGUUAGAACAAAGUCACAGUCGAAUAAGGAUUUGCGGUUUACAUUUCGGCGAUGACAGCUUUGCGAACGAGGCUCGAAAUCGCCUUCACAAAUUUGCAAUUCCUUCUUUGAAAUUGGGUGCUGGGUCCGCUUCCGACGAAGGAAACAAAAUUAAAUCCUAUAUUAGGAAAGAUGUAGGCACUCAAACUGAAAUUUGCACCGCAAGCGUCGGAUGCCAGUCAGAAUGUUCAAAUCAAAUAGACAUGGAUGUCAAUAUGAAGCUGGUGGCCAUCGUGAAAGAAUAUCCGAUGUUGUACGAUAGCAGCAUGCCGCAAGGCAGCGUGGAGCAAAAACAGGAUCUUUGGCGGGAAAUCACGCAAAGAUUGAAAGACGAACCGAAUCCCGACGCUCAAACUGUGUACGAGGUGAAACAACGCUGGAAGAACCUGCGGGACUCGUACGUCAAAGACGUCAAACUCGAUCACCUCAAACGGAAAAACAAAAAUAUAAAGACUUCAAGAAGGCCGUAUCGCUACAGCAAAUACAUGACGUUCUUACAGCCCUACGUUCUGAAAAAGGGCAGCAAGCUAACCCUGCAGCACCAAACGAAAGAGUCAGCCGUUUGCUCAGACGGUGAGAACCUGACGCGUAUCAAACAAGAACCCGACGAAGAAGUCAUGUUCGAAGAACCGAUCAUUCAGAACGAUACGGACGAAUCGUCUCAGAUGACGUUCGAUUCGGAUCCGACGACGAAUUCGUCGGAUCGAUUCGAAGAAAUCGAUUCGUUUUUCAAAGGAAUCGCAGACGUGGCCAAAACCCUUAGCCCUAUUAACCAAAUAUAUUUGCAACGCGACGUUGCCAACAUGGUUUUCGAUCUCAAACUGAAGGAACUUCAGAAGCGGGAUGCCGACAACGACAAGGAAGAUCAUACGACGUGGCGAUAAUGUUUUAAUUAAUAAAUAAAUAAGGUUAGAGUUAAGCAAUGUUUGUAAGAAAACUCUAUUCGAUCGAUUCCACUUGAAACUCAAUGGAGUUGGAAACUAAUAAUAACCUCCAAUUCUUAGAUAUCACACCUAACAUUGGGCCAUUGUGUUUACAGAAAACCUACGCACACAGACCGAUACCUUAAUGCAUUGUCGCAUCACUAUCCGACCCAAAAAUCAUCGGUUAUCAACAGAGUCGUAAAACUACCUCAGCCCGAGUUAUUGAACACCUUACCUCUGCUCUUCUCUCUAAUGAUUGCCACUGUUGCCCUUCCUAAACAUUGAAAACGUCAUAUCAAAGAAAUAUAACGUCAAAACCAGAUUUACCAUUUGUCCAAAAAUCUCUCGACAUCUUCGAUUUACCAAAGACAAAAUUCCAUUUGAGAUGCUAGGAGUUUAUACCAUUCCAUGCAUAUGCGGCAAAUAAUAUAAGGUUGUUCGGAAAGUCAUUUCGUUUUUUCCCGUCAGGGGACUUAAUUACGUUUUUUCGAAACCAACUUCACACUUAAGCCGCAUAACCAUUAUAUAUCUUGAGAGCUGAUAUUGCAAGGCUUGUGUGUGAAAAAGUUCUAUUAAUUCUAGGCAGUAGUUUUUGGUUG